AUGGCUGAGGUGAAUUUAUCAGAGAGCAAUGGCGGCGCUCUUGUAGCCACUGCCGUCUCGUUCCUUGUCCUCUCUUGGUUUUCUGUGCUUCUCCGGUGUUAUGUGAGGGCCUUUAUGACAAACGGCUUCCAGGUUGAUGACUGGUUCAUGGUUGUGGCUCAGGUCAUCUUCACUCUCUCGUGCUCCUUCAUCCUCGCCGGUGUAGACAAUGGCUUGGGCCGACAUAACAGGGCACUCAGCCAAAGACAAGAGAUCUCGGCUUUAAUGUACCAAGCUCUGGCUACCGCCACAUACGUCCUUGGUAUGCUCUUCAUCAAGCUGAGCAUCGGCUUUUUCCUGCUGCGGCUUUCGACGUCGAGGGUAUACAACUGGGUCAUCCAUGUUAGUCUGGCGAUUGUGACUAUAUGGAGCGUGGUCAUCUUCUUCUGGAACACGUUCCAGUGCUCCCCGAUCGAGGCCCAGUGGGAUUAUACUAUUUCCAAUGCCGAGUGUGUGCCAGCGGAUGCUGUCGUAGCAGCGGCCUACUCCAUCAGUGUCAUGACUAUCCUAAGCGAUUGGCUAUAUGCUCUUCUCCCUAUUCCUAUGGUUUGGGGCAUCGAGAUGACCAUACAAGCCAAGGCAACCGUCAUUGUGAUUCUUGGUCUUGGGAUAUUUGCCAGUAUUGCAACCCUUAUCAGACUGAGGUACCUUGCCGACCUCGGCGACGUAGCAGAUAUCUUAUUCACCGGAACGGACCCCAUGGUAUGGACCUUAGUCGAGCCUGGUGUUGCCAUCGUCGCAUCAAGCUUAGUCACCGUCCGGCCUCUUCUUCGAGCAUGGCGACUCACCGGAUUCGCCUCGACCAACCGAACGCCUGGUAUGAGCGGUGCGAUCAGCGGGGGGAUGAGGUCGGGAACGGUGCGAUCGGCGGCCCGGCCAACACCGCGCAACGACCCGUACGGCGCCGGCGACGUGGGCCCAACAGAACUAGAGCUCGGUGAUAUGGGGAAGCACGAACCGAAGCCAUGGCCAAAGUACCGAAUCGGAUACACGGCUCCGUUUGCACAAUUCGGUUCCAAGGUAGCAGGGGGACAGAUCCAGGCAAACUCCGUGACGCCGCCGGGCCGGGAACGGCGCAGGAGUUCUGAUGAAUCAAUGUACGUCGUCGAAGGGGGCAAAACGAGCGACACCUGGCGUGAUGACAGAACUGGGUCGCCGAGCGUGUCAUCGGCUGAUCUCGAUGGUCUCGAUGCCCAAAGCCAACAUAGCGGACGCGUGGGCCUUGGAGGUCGCAGAGGCUAG